CGGCUCCUCCUCUCCUCCGUCCCGUCCCCGGCCCGACCUGGUCGACUGCCGCCGUGGUGACCCCCUUCUCGCCCCCUCCCCGGCCGCCGUCGCCGCCUCGGCCGACCUGGGACCUGCCCGCCCGCGGCUGCUCCGGGUGCCAAGUUUACUCUUCUACCUGCAAGUAUACUUUUUACUCCUUUGCCUGCAGUGAGCCAUUAUGGAGCUUCUGCCUGGUGUUUUAGCGCUCCCAUGAAGUGUAGUGGCUCCAGCCUUGCACAUAACAAAAGAAUAAAGACAUAAUGGGAGCAUUUUUAGACAAGCCAAAGAUGGAAAAGCAUAAUGCCCAGGGGCAGGGUAAUGGGUUGCGUUAUGGGCUAAGCAGCAUGCAAGGCUGGCGAGUUGAAAUGGAAGAUGCGCAUACAGCUGUGAUUGGUUUGCCAAGUGGACUUGAAACAUGGUCAUUCUUUGCUGUGUAUGAUGGGCAUGCUGGCUCUCAGGUUGCCAAAUACUGCUGUGAGCAUUUGUUAGAUCACAUCACCAAUAACCAGGAUUUUAAAGGGUCUACAGGAGCACCUUCUGUGGAAAACGUAAAGAAUGGAAUCAGAACAGGUUUUCUGGAGAUUGAUGAACACAUGAGAGUUAUGUCAGAGAAGAAACAUGGUGCAGAUAGAAGUGGGUCAACGGCAGUGGGUGUCUUAAUUUCUCCUCAACACACUUAUUUCAUUAACUGUGGAGACUCAAGAGGUUUACUUUGUAGGAACAGGAAAGUUCACUUCUUCACACAAGAUCACAAACCAAGUAAUCCUCUGGAAAAAGAACGAAUUCAGAAUGCAGGUGGUUCUGUAAUGAUUCAGCGUGUGAAUGGCUCUCUGGCUGUGUCCAGGGCCCUUGGGGACUUUGAUUAUAAAUGUGUCCAUGGAAAAGGUCCGACAGAGCAGCUUGUCUCACCAGAGCCUGAAGUCCACGAUAUUGAGCGAUCUGAAGAAGAUGAUCAGUUCAUUAUCCUCGCAUGUGAUGGUAUUUGGGAUGUAAUGGGAAAUGAAGAGCUCUGUGAUUUUGUAAGAUCCAGACUUGAAGUCACUGAUGACCUUGAGAAAGUUUGCAAUGAAGUAGUUGACACCUGUUUGUAUAAGGGAAGUCGAGACAACAUGAGUGUGAUAUUGAUCUGUUUUCCAAAUGCACCCAAAGUAUCACCUGAAGCAGUGAAGAAGGAAGCAGACUUGGACAAGUACCUGGAAAGCAGAGUAGAAGAAAUCAUAAAGAAGCAGGGGGAAGGCGUUCCUGACUUAGUCCAUGUGAUGCGCACAUUAGCCAGUGAGAACAUUCCUAGCCUCCCACCUGGAGGUGAAUUGGCAAGCAAGCGGAAUGUAAUUGAAGCCGUUUACAAUAGACUGAAUCCCUACAAAAACGAUGACACUGACUCUACAUCAACUGAUGAUAUGUGGUAAAACUGCUCAUCUAGCUAUGGAAUUUACCUUCACCUCCAAAGGAGUGUACAAGUCAACUUCAGUGGACCUUUUAAAUGUCCAUCCUCAACUUUAAAGAAGGGCAUGUGAUGGGUGAGAGUGGCCACACCAGUGAACUUCAGCAGAACAACAGCUAGCCCAGAACUUUUUUUUUUUUUUUGUAAAUUUGAGACUUAUGUAAACAUGAUUUCAAACCAUAAUUCAUGUUGUAAAUCAGACUCCAGCAAUUUUUGUUGUAUGAUUUUGUUUUUGUAAAGUAUAAUUGUCUUUGUACAAAAUGCUCAUAUUUAAUUAUGAACUGCUUUAAGAUCACUAUCAAAGUUAUAAGAAAUGCUUGCUUUGUUUGAUGCAAAAGAUUAUAAAUACCCCUCAAGUCACUUUGUGUUUGGACAUGGGGUGAGAUGAGGAGAGCAGCAGCCAUGUCACUAUAUGCUCAAAUGUAUAUGUAAUUAUGGAGAAUUCCAAAGUCAUUACCAAGCCAGAACAUCCAGAGCUAUUGAAAAAGUAUCCUAGUGUUUGUGAUAGUGAAAUUGGCAUUGUUGAUAAAACUGGUCCCUUCAUUUAACUGUCUUUUAGGUUCCUAGUUCACUUUUUGUUGCCAUGAGUAUUGCAGGUAAUACAGUAUAUUCAUUCAUCAGAAUAUCAAUCUUGGGGCUAGAAUGCCUUGAUUCUUUACAAGUCCUUACAUUUAAUUACUAAUUGAUAAGCAGCAGCUUCCUAUAUAUAGUAGGAGACUGCCACAUUUUUGCUAUCAUGAUUAGCUGGGCCUGCUGCUGUUCCUAGUAAGAUAUUCUGAAUUCGAUUUUACCAAUAAAGCUUGAUUUAACAAACAAUUAAAUUUAAUCAUGUAUGUGUAGUUCCUCCUUCAACCCUUCCCUUUUAAAACACCAUGCCAUUAUAAAUGAAAAUUUCUCAUGGGGAAAGAUAUAGUCUCUUAAUUGAAAGUACUGUUAAAGCAUAGAUGGAACUAAUUCCCUCCCAUUAGAAAGACUAAAAGAUUAGUUUCUGUUCCUUAAUAUAUUUUUAAAUACAUUUUUGUUUUCUUUUUUUCUCUUUUUUUUUUUUCUCCACUAAGAUAUGUAUCAGCGUGAAUUUACCUACUGUUUAAAAAAUUGUCAAAGUGUGACAAUCUUAACACUCUAUGGUAGGGGUGUGUGUGUGUGUGUGUGUGUGUAUGUAUUUGUGAGUGUGUCUUUGCUUGUGAUUUUUAAUUGGCCCAUAUCUUUAGAAUCCAAGUAGUAAGAUGUGAUUUGAAGUGUAGCAUGUUGAUAAUAUUUAGCUGUUGGCCUUUAAAAUAACUUUCAAAGCUUAAAGAAUUGUAGAUACAAAAACAACCUAAUUUAAGGCAUAAAUUCCUCUUAUUAAGCAUGUGAAAGUAAGUUUUAAAAUCUGUCACAAUGAAAAGACUACUGUACUGUGCCCUUCUGUAUUUUGUCUCUAGGAUGAAUAUUGUAUUUAUCACCAUGUAAUUUUAUCAUUUAGUAGACAGACUCCCCUCUAGAAAUCUAUUAAAAUGUAAGAUUAAAAUACAACAUUAACUACAAAAAUUAAAGCUUUGUGUAUAAAAGUUAGUAUAAUCAGUUUUGUCAUAUUUGUUUUUUCCCUAACUUGGAAAUAUACAUAUUUGUAUAUAUUGCCUUAAGACUGAUGUAAAGUUAGGGAAGUAGUGGGUAAAGUAAUGUGAAAUGUCUCAGAUUUAAGUAGUUAUAUACCAGCAAUCUUUUCAUUAUCCCUCUUCUUUGUGAGGUGAUUAAAUGUAACUUAAUUGUUUUUUUAAUUUAUAUCUUAAUCCAGCAUGAAUGAAGAAAAAUACUAUUUAUUUAGAAAUUCUUAACAAUUUGGAAUUAUAGAAUCAAUUCCAUACUUAGAAAUAAAUGCUUAAUGGCUGAAUCGGUGGUAGACUGCAAAGUAUGAUAAUGUUCAAAUUACAGUUUUGUGAGCAUCUAAAUGUACAUUUAAUUAGUUUAGUGACUGCCAGUAUUUAUUGCAUAGAUUGAUUACUGGACAUACUACUACUGAAUCCCUACAAUGAGAUGGGUUCUUAAUUUUUAAGUAGACUGAAGAUUUUAGUACUGGGAAUUUCAAAACUACAGUUGGAUUUUGCCAUAAAGAAUCCUAGAUCACAUGUGAAAUGUGGGAAACUGUAGUUCCAACAAUAAUAGCACAUUUACAACAUUUGUUUAAGUGAAUCUUUAAUUAAGAAGAAAUUAAGGUAUUCUUCUGUUACAUUUAUCUGUACUGAGAUUAGUUUUAGAAGUGAGAGAAAACUUGAAGUUUGAUCUAAGAAGAUUAAAUCUAUUCCACAUGAGUUUGCAUUGCCAUACUAGAUACAUGUCUUUUUUUAAUUAGUAACAAUACAGGAAGGAAUUAUACAUUAUAACAAAAGACUGUAUGUGUUCUUGACUCCUGAGGGUGGGGGUGGGGAUCAACCACUUUGAAUGGGCACUUUCGUUACCUCUGUUGUGUGCUUCAUUUUUUUGUACCACUUGACCUCACACCUCUUUCUGUGUGCUAGUUAGCAUCUCAGGGCAAUGCCUCAAAAUUUUGUGAUGUGUUGUAUAUUGUUCAGAAGGAAAAUAUACUAUCUAAAAUGUACUUCCAUUUACAUAUAAGAUGAAGUAAAUUUUCUGCUUUUAAUAGGAAAUCUAGUUUAUAUAACAAGAUACUUGUCACCCUAAUAUAAUUUUUUUUAUUGCGCUAUCGUUUUGGUAAGGUAAGAUCUCUUUAAUUUCUACUUUCUUAGGGAAUAUGAUUUAAUGAUAACAAGCAGUUCUCACUAUUAGCAUUGACUUUAAAAAGUCAAACUUAUUUUAUCUUUAGAACUGUUGCAGAAUAUCUUAAUUAUAAUGCAUCAACUUGCUAAGAGUACUAUGCAAUUAAUGUACUGCUCCAACCACUCCAUGUUUUUUUUUUUACUAACUUAACAUUAAGAAAUUUGAAUUAAAGAACAAAAUCAGUAAUAUUCUGAUUAACAGAAGUACUUACAGAAAUCAUUUUUUAACCAUAUGUUAGUCUAGCAAGGAACUACUAUUUCACCAAAAGCACUGUUACCUGUAAAAAUUUGUUACCAUAGUCUUUAUGCUAAACACCUGGGAACUAUGAUGAAAUGAAUCAGAUUUUGCCCUCGAAUUUGCAUUUAAGUUGAACUUAUAACCUAAUGUAUGUUAUAACUGGAUCUCUUUAAAAAAUUAUAGGGAGUCAGGCGGUAGCGCAGCGGUUAAGUGCAGGUGGCGCAAAGCACAAGAACCGGCAAUAGGAUCCCGGUUCAAGCCCCACCUGCAGGGUAGUCCCUUCACAAGCGGUGAAGUAGGUCUGCAGGUGUCUUAUCUUUCUCUCCCCCUCUCUGUCUCCCCCUCCUCUCUCCAUUUCUCUCUGUCCUAUCCAAUAACAAAGACAUCAAUAACAACAAUAAUAACCACAACAAUAAAACAAGGGCAAAGAAACCCAAAGGGAAAAUGAAUGAAUAAAUAAAUAUUUUUAAAAAAGUCAAAAAAAAAGUAUUGCCCACCUAUUGUCUACCAGGCAUUUUUCCUAAAAAUGGCAUUUCUUUUCCCUAAAGAGAGAUUGUUUGUACUUCCUUUAUCUUGAGAAUUAUUUUCCUUUGUUUACUUUCUUCUCCCCCUAGUUAAAAAUCUUACUCAAAGGAAAUAUUUUGCUCAGCACAGGAAAGACUAAUAGACUAAUGAGGCUUAAGUCUAUUCAGUGUGCUUGAUUGGCUAUAACAAAUAGCCUUGUACUCUUUUGCUUAACAAGUCUGAAAUAGGUAAUAAGCCUCCUAAAAUUCUCCAGCCCUGGAAACAUUACUGGAGCUUUGAAUUUAAGGCUUUUGAAUUCAAAAUAUGUCUAAUAUUUACCUCAUUUCUAAGUAUAUAAACUUGUUAAGUAUAUGAUAAAACACACAGCCACUAUUAAUAUUUUGCCCUUUGAUGUGUGAAUUUUAUAAAUAAUUUCACUGAACAUCUUUAGUAGAAAAAUUCAUGAAAAUUCAAUUUGUGAUUUCAGAAAGAACUGAUAAAAUUGGGUAUUGGUUGAUUUUCAUUUUAAUUUUGAGUUAAAUUCAUGAAGUUUGAAAAUGAGGCUUAACCUUUUGAUGUUUAGGUUGUAUUUGUAAAGUAUUAUGUGAGACUUUGGUAUUAGAAAUAUGUAAAAAAAAUAACUGUAAAUAUUUAUUGUUUGGGGUUUUUCUUUGAAGGAAACUUGAAGAGAUUCCUAUACUUUUGCUUACAGAUUUCUGCUGGUGAAAUGACCAUUUUUAAUUGAGUGAUUUAGUUUUCUAAUAAGUUUUCCUUUCAAGCAUUAGGAAGACUUAUUUAUUGCUUAAAUUUUAAAAAUUUUUAGAAGCCUGCUUUAUUUCCAUCAACAAUGUGCCAUGAGUUUUGAAUUGUGUUUGUUUUAAAUUAUACAUUACUUCAGAAUAUGCUUGAAAUAUUUAAGAAAACAUUAACUGAAUGUUAUGUAAAGUUUAAUAUGGUAUUGUUAGAAUAGUACGUACUAGUUAUUACUGAUAGAAUGUUAUAUAGAAAUAACUAGAGGCAUUUGGUGCCACUUUAUUAUCAAAUGAACAUUUCCACUUUUGUUCACCUCAGCAGAUUCCUUUUGCCUGUUUUGUUUGUUUGUUUGUUUGUUUUUUCUAUCAGGCAGCCUCUAUUUUUCUUAGCAGCAGGCAGGAAUGUGCCAAUUAGAAAAACAAAGAUGUAUUGAAAUUGUAGUUGAUACUUUUUUCCCUUGUCCUGCACAAAAUGUUGCUUCAUUUCUUCUGCUUUCUUGGUGGUUUCUCUGCCUUCAAAUUAAAGCAAGCCCAAUUCCAUUUUCUUGAGCAAGGAAGUAUGAGGAGUAUAUACUUUAACCAAAGCCAAAUAAGAAAGCUUGGGAGAUGGAGGAGUGGGUAAGGGGACAGCUGUGGAGAGAGCAGAAGACGCGUACUCUUGAUUACCUAGAAAGCCAUAUGAAGGUCUUCCUUGAAGCCAGCUGCAUAUGAGUAAGAAUUCUCAUGUCAUAUAAACCAGCUUGAAUCAGUCUGUUUCUUCAGGUAAUUUGAUACCUCUAGCAUGGGAGAUAAUGAGAAAAAUUACUGCUUCAACAUAGAAACAAGAAAAUAAAGGUACUAUUUCUUCCCUUCAAAACCUGAUCCUUUGGUUCUUUUUAUUGUUCCAACUCCCAGUUUUCUAGUAGCUUUCUCACUGAACUAAAUGGAAAAAAUGUUGAGUUUUUCCAUAGUCCUUCUGGUCCAGUAAAGCACUGUUUCAUAACACUUGUAUUUGCAUGGUACUAUCUAAAAUAAGUUAGAUUUCUGUAGGAAAUUGGGUAGCUGCAGAACAAAAUUAGUAGUAUGUCUUUAGUUACAGUAACUGGCACAACUUCACUUAGCAGUGGUUCUUAACUUUUUAGAGUUAUAGGCCCUUUGAGACUCUUGAGUCUUGGGGACAUCAUCCAAGAAUAUGUAUAUAAUGUACAUAGGUCCCCAAAGUUUAUAAUAUUAUUGCAGUGACAAACAGGCCCUCUAGAGGGUUAAGAUCUCAUACUACAACAUAAUAGGACAUCUGCCUUUUUCCUGCAAAGUCCACCAAAAAUAUUUCAAGGACAACAAAAUAAUUUGUGUCAAUUUUAAGAAAUUGUUGCACUUAAGAGGUGGUUGGGGGCUAGGCUGGAAUCUUGAUAUUUAGAAAGUUUUUUAAUGGUUGUAUUUUGGGGAUACAGGAGAUUGGCUAAUGGUGAAAAGAUGGUUCUAACACACAUCUCUGCCAUUUUAGAAAUUCAGCAGAAAAGAAUCAAACUACAUCGUGAAUAUUCUGGAAGGUUUCUAACCUGUAUAAUGUAAGAUGUAUUCACAAACUGUCAAAUUUUUCACUCAGCAUUUCAAAUAUUAGAUGUCAUAAAUGUUUAAUUUAUUUCAGGUAUUUAGAAAUUAGGUAUCUGCUUACCAAUACAGAAUGUUAAAGUGGGGUAUAACCUCUAGCCACCAUGUACAUGGUUUAUGAGAUUUCUACUAAAUGUCAUUUCUACAAAUUAACUCUUUGCAUUUGUUGCAAAAUUUGAUUCCCAGAUACUUUUAUUCAAAUUGUGAGGAAUUCUGAAAUACAAGAUACCAUUUUCUUACCUGGCUAGCCCUAGCAUAUACAGGAAAAUAUCUUGUUUGUACUAGUAUGUCCCAAUACUGGUUAGAUUCACUCUUAACAUGAUUUAUCUCGCUUAAUUUGUAUAAACGUUAUGAGUGGAGUGUGUAUAUGUUAGAAGCAUGUUGAAUUAUGUAUGGAUUCAUUUUUUAAAAUAAAAAGUGUAAGACUAAUACAACUGCAGAACUAUUUUUCUUAAACAGUAUAUAGCAAAAUUCUCCACAGCAACUAAUCCACUGUUUGCAUUUUAUGUGAUCUACACUUUUUAAAAAAUUCCAAAAUGUAUAUUUUGUAUUAUGUACUAUUCCCUGGUCCAAAGAAAAUAUGUGAAUUCAGUUCUAACCUUGAGAAUGUACUUUUUGUUUUCAAAUCAAUUGAAGGAGCUGCAUCCAGCCUAUGAAUGGUUGCAGAUUGUAUAUGAGAUGAAAGUACAAAAAAAUUCUCCUUUACAAAGCUAAUGCCACUGAAUAAACAGGCAGUUGCAUAAUGUGUGUUUACUUAUGAUUGGUUGGUUUUGCAAGAAACAUUUUUGUUCUGCCUAGAAUCUUGGAAAUAUUUAAGUUGGUUAUCAGGAGAACCUAAAAUAUUUUUAACUAUACUUGGUUAAUUUAAGUUUUUAAAAGAUCUCACAGUACAAUUUAACUAGACAUGUCCUUUCUUGAUUUUAGGAAGAUUACAGAAAGCCAGGAAGUUUGUGUUUAAAUGGCUAUUUUCAUGAAAACAUUUUAAAAAUAAAGGAUCCAGAACUUG